UAUAUAUUUAUAAAUGUUUGUAAACCUCGCGUUUUAUUUCAAAAAGAAUCAAGAAUUUUUUAUUUAAUCAAUAAAUCGCAAAGUUUUGACUUUUAGUAAUAAAUUAGCGAUGUCUUCAUUUUCAAUAUUUAACAAAAUUGAAGGACUUGUAGCAGAGUUUGAAUCUCCAUUGGCAACCGAAAAUCAACUGGAAAAGAUAAGUUGUAACUUGCUGUCAGCUCUUGAAGAGUUAAAAAGUUUUCCAAAGAUAAAAGAUGGUAAACAUCUGUUAGCCAUACACACCAUGGGUGUAAAGUUAUGGAACUUGGUGGUUACAAAAAAUAUUUCAAAGUAUUUUAGCGCAUUAGUCUCUGUGAGAGUUCGUCACAUGGCUCUACAUUUAACAUUCUUAGCAAAUGUUGAAGACGAAUCACAAUCAACACUGCGUAAGCAUCAAGCAAUGGCUUUAAAAGUUGGAAAAGAUUGGUUAGAUUGUAACAAUCUCAAUGAUGCAGAUGCCUGUUUUAAACUCUCUACAGAGUGCUAUUUGAAGUUGCAUCAACUUUUAAAGGUCAAACAAAGCAGUUUGAGUGAAGAUAAAAUUGAUGAAACACACAAAAAUAUGCUCAAAGUUUUUGCAUUUCGAGCUGAAAUAGCAUUAAAUCAGCAUCAAUAUGUUACUGCAUUUGAAUUUUUUUACAAAGCCAAAGAGUUGCUUAUUUAUGGAAGUGAACAAGCUUCAUUCUUAAGUAGUGUAUGUUAUAACUUUGGUUUGGAUUGUUAUCAAAAGGAUUUAUACAAUGAAGCAGAAAGAUGGCUUAGAGAAAGCAUUUUGAUUGGAGUAGUCAAAGACAGAGAGAAAAAACAGGUGAUUGCUGAGCAGUUGUUAGUCAUGGUGUAUUUUGCAAUGGGUGGAAUUGAAAACUUGAAAAAAGGAUUAGUUGUGAUAGAGUCAUCACUAAAGAGUCGGCCAUGUGUGAAAACCAUUUUUUUGAAAGUUAAGUUAUUAUUGAGCUUGAGUGAAUCAGAUGACAUAAUAUUGGAAGCACUCAUGGAGAUGACAAAUGAGUUAAUGUGUGACAUUGAUCUUGUGCUUCAAUGUGUGAGUUUGUUUUCUGAAAAAAAAAGAGAAGGCUUGUCUGAAAAAGCAUUAGAUAUUUUGGUUAAACAGUCAUUACGACCAACUGAUAAUAUCAAAGUUCUAACAAAAAGGCUUGAAGUUUUUUUAUCUACUAAUCAAAUUUUAAAAGCAAAAGAAAAUGUUAAAGAAUUGCUUUAUAUUGUUGGUCCUCCAAUUGAUAGAGUUACAUUAAAGCGUCUUCAGCUUUUGCUAUGGGAGCAGGCUCAGAAUUCAUUUUCUGAAGCAAAUUUUCAAGAGGCUCAAUGGUGGUAUGAAUUUGCUUUAAAAUUUAUGCAAAAAUCUUCAGAAGACAAAGUAAAUUUAGCUAAACUGCAACGAAACUUGUGUGCUUGUGAAAUAGAGCUUCAAUUAUAUGAAAAGGCUUUAGAAACAGCAGAAAAAUGUUGCAUUUUGGAACCAUUGUCACCACAAAUACACUUUCUUAUUUUCAAAAUACAGUUAAAUCUGAAUGAAUUUGAUAAAGCAAUUUUAGCAAUCGAAAAGUUGUCUGUUAUUGGAGCAGAAUGCAAUUCUUUAGAAAUUGUGUGUGGGUUAAUCAAUCUUGCUGCUCAACUGGCAUUUGAGAGUGGAAACAAAAUGCUGUCUGAGUUUGCGCUUGAAAAACUGAUAGAUCAUGUUAAAGAUCCACAGCAAGCGUUGGUUUCUUUGAGGUGUCUAACAAGGCUUAAAUUCACAAAUCUAAGUCAAGAUAGCAAAAUGAAUGAGAUAGAAAAUGUUUUAAAGCUUGUUGAAAAAGCUCUUACAUUCUUGGAAGUUUUGUCUAAAAAUCCUAAUGCUGAUAUUCAUGAAGAGACAAUAUGGUUUAAUAAAAUUGCUUGGAACUUAGCUCUUUCAUGUUCAAAUUACUAUUUAUGCAUGCAUGGAGCUUUCACAUGUUGUUAUAAGUUGUCCUUACUGUUACCUCAAGCUGACCAGAGUAAUGUGCAACAAAAAACUUGUCUAUUAAUGGCAGCAGGUUGUAGUUUGCAGUUGGCACGUGAUAACAAAAAUGAUAUGAUUAUGUGGUUAGAAACAGUUCUUCAGUUAGUUUACAAGUGUUAUGCAGUUAUUGAAAAACUUCAUAACAUUAAAGAUACUUCUCUGAAUUUCUUGUUGGGUUAUGAGUUUGAAGCCAAAGCAAGACUUGGUCAUACUGAUUUAGAAAUGAUAGUGGAUAAAGCAUUACAAAUUAGUGGCUUGGACCCUAGGGUGUUUGAAAACUUUGCUAAUGUUUCAUUUAUGGUAUUUAAUGGAAUGUCAGAAAUUGGUAUCAAGUGUAUUAAAUUAGCUAUCAAAAAUCAUCUUGAAAAGCCAAUUAUUGACUUCACUGCUCUUAGCAAGAACAUUCAUUGUUUGAUCAAUGUAUCAUUGCAAUUUGGAAGCCUUUCAAAUCCUGAAACAAAAGAGGAUGCCUAUAGCUUUUAUGAAGACACACUUAAAGUUAUUGACUCAUUAGAAAAGGGUAAAUAUCCUGAGAUGGAGAUUGUAUGGUUGAUGACAAAAGCAUGGAAUUGUGGGAUUCAUCUUUACACCGCUAAUCACUUUCCACAGGCUGAGCGCUGGUGCACACUUUCAAUGAAAUUUCUAAAAUAUCUUCUUGAGUUAAAGAAUUCGUAUGAACCUCAUAUGACGCGUUUGUUUGCAGAUGUAAUAUCUGGUAUCCAACAAUCACAAGUCCACAGUCAGCCAGAAGAGUAAUAAAUUAUAUAUAGUUAUGUGUAUGUAUUUUUUGUUUAAGCUGAAAUAACUUGUUAUUUUUUAAA